AUGAAUGAAUAUUUAGAAAACUAUCCACACGGUGAGAUUAUUUCACUCAAGCAAUACGCCAAUCGAGUCGGGGCUAACAAUUUUAACUUGGAGAUCGGUAGUGUGUGUAGAGUCGACCAGCUUUGCAAUGGCGUCAGUGGCAAAGAUUGGUAUGCUCUCGUCGCUGCUCAGCGUUGGAGUACUCGAAUGAAUCAAGCGUUUGAUGCCGUAGCUUUCGCCUCUACAAUCGCAAUGGAAAUAAGUCAAGCGAUGACUUUCGACUUUGUCCCACCGCCAACGCAUGCCUUACAAUACGCUUCGACGACCAUCUCAGCAAUCUUUUGGGUGAUAUUGGCGAUGCCCGGAGUCUGGUUUGGACCAAUUGGGAAAUAUUAUUAUCGGGCAGUACUUAGCGUCUUCUACGCUACAACUGCAAUUAUUCGACCAAUAUUGAACCUCAAGUACCCGGUAGCUUCGCACGCCUUCACCCAAUGGAGUGACGUUGGUUUAAUAUUGACCGAUGUAAAGAAAAACGUUCAGGGCGCGUUGUUGAAUAUGACAACGGAAGUCAAUACUGCAGGGAUCAGCACGCUGACAGGACUCCGAGGAUUGAAUCCUGACGGAACGCUUUUCUCUCAAGCGAUAGACGGAGCCGAGAACAACAUGCAACAGCAAUUCGACCAAGCCUAUAAGCUCCAAACUUUGAGUCACCUGUGGAGUCUACAGAAUGUUUUUAUCACGCGAGGAAGUGACCCAUGUAAUGGAAAUGGUGAAAAUGGAUCAUGGAGCGACCGUGGCUAUUUAUCUUAUUGCACUCCGGAAGGAAUAAUGAUGAACAUAGUGCGGGCCAAAAGAAAUAAAGUUACACGGAAGUUAUUCGGAGGAGAAAAGGCAUUAACAAAACACAACUUGUCAAUCGAGCUCUUAACAACAACAGCUUGGGAAUGUCAGAAGAAAGUAGGGCGCGCAGUGGAUCCUACAGCCUGGCAAAAUGCCACGGAACCGGAUAUUGAUCCACUAUUCAGUCAACAGUGCAUGUUUACGCUUCCGAUAUGUGAUCUUACUAGAGAAGACAUCAGGAAAGCGCGCGAUGACGGAGCUGGCACAAUACGAGCCUGCCGGGAGGUCGGAAAUGUCCCUAUCUGA